AUAAACAUACUGUACCAUUGACCCCCCUUCUAAUGUGCAGUGUCGCUUCCCUACUGACUUUGCAGAAGGUGCUGUCAGUUGAACGUCUCUCCAGUGCAAUGCAUAGCAACACUAAUGCUCAGACUUGCCCUGUGCACUUGCACGCAUCGGAAUAUCUGCAGUGGCAUCAAGAGUGAAUCCCCCCCCCCCCCCCCUUCCAAGAAUGUGCAACUUUGCUGUGUGUGCUGUCCCCACAGAAAUUCAAGUUGACGUAAUUUCUGAUACAAUGCGUAUUAUACACUUAUUAUUAGCCAUAGCCUCGACCCGUGAUGGACAAAGUCGCAUUUGAUCAGAUACAAACUAGGCAAAGGAGCAUUGCAAAAAGAUGACGCCAACUUGAAAUUCUUCCCCGGCAGCAGGGUAUGCGGCGUGGGAGUUGCAAGCUCUUCGGGGGUUGUACUCUGGCUGGCAUGUGUUGCAUACUCUGCAGUGCCUGCGAUUGAUCAGCACAACACUUUUCAUAGCAUUCCAUGCCGAAACAGUUUGGCAUGUCACUUUUAAUUAAAAAAGCAUUGUAAGCAAUUUGCUCGCUGUGGAGUAUGAUGCUAUGAAUGUGGGCUAAGAGUGCAAUGUGGAGUAAUGGCUUGUUUCAAACUUUAAUAAAGCAUCGUUCAUAGCAUUCCAAGAAUCAGAGCACUAUCGUUCUGCCAGGAUGUGCGGCUAUAGUGCUUGUUGGUAUACCUCCUGUGCAACAUACAAUGACAUUUGUGUUGGUGUGCUAUUCCCGUAGGCCAGUGAGCACGUUGACUUGACUAGCUUGUGCCUGUGUUUGCUUCUCUGUGCACUGUUCACUGUUCUCUAUCUCUGCUGCGCGCGGCGUCCUGCGCUACUCCGAUGGUUGAUGCCCGGCUGCAGGAGUGCAACGUGGACAUUGUGAACUGCACCAGAGUAACGACACUUGCGGUCAGUUUCUGGGGAAUAGGUUUGUGUUCUGGCCAGAACUGAACGGAGAUGGCGAACCGGUCACGCACAGCCAGGUUCGGGAGUUGCGCAAUAGGGUGUACCUCCGGCUCACGGAACACCUGAAUGUCAGCGAGUCCCGAGCAUGCUUUGAUCUGGUGCAUCGCAUGAUCUGCGAGUACGUGUAUUCUCCGUGUGAUCCCUCGUCAGUGCAGUACUCGGACGUCAGAAAGUCUUGGAAGCAGCCCGUGUGUGCUUCAGACUGCUAUCGUGCCAGAACGGAGUUCUGCAGUGCGAAGUGGGACGGUCUCAUCUUGCACAUCAAGAGCACAGAUCUGAACACUACCUUGGGCAAUGACUUGGACUGCUCCACUCCGACAGCCGAGGAUGAAGACUACGUUUUAAGAAGUCAGUGUGUGACAUCUCUUAGAUAUGCACGGCCUACGAAUGUUAGAAACCGUGACUGUGUGUGUGGUGAUGGCAGUAACUACGCAGGUGUGGCAUCGGUCACACACGACCAGGAGCAGUGUGUGCCGUGGGAUCCGCAGCUGCACUCUGCCGCUAGCCGUCCGAACAGCACAUACCCGUGGUCCGCCACCGUCGCCAACCAUUGCCGCAAUCCCGAGGGCAGGAGUAGCACACCGUGGUGUUACACUGGAAUAGAUACACUUAGUGACUGCAAUAUCCCGCGCUGUUCAAAUGAUAUUGAAGCUCAAGGUUGCCGCAAGUACGAGGGAAACUUUUGCAGAGACGUUUCACUGAUUGCGUCGCACAGCGUGAAGAAAGGCGCCUACGCCUUCUUGCUCGAAAGGCAAGCCUCCGCCGCCGACACCAUGCGCGACCCAUACGCAGUUGUCCAUGAUCUCAAACGCAAGGCAAAGCUCAACACACAGUGUGCCGUACACCUGCAGCGCUUGAUGUGCCUGCAAGCGUACACGGUGUGCGACCGAAACUCCGCCGGUUCCUGUGGUCAAACCCGCCAAGUGUGCACGGCCUACUGUCAGAAGUUCAACGCCAAAUGUCCGGUGUCGCCUGACUAUCGCGAGAAGCUGAAGGCUAUCUUCGGCCAUGACCCGCUGGAUUGCUCUCACGGGAGUUACGACAGUCACGAGCAUCAUCGGCACGAACGAUGUAUCCACGUCAUGGACGGUUUCACAGACCGAGUGAUAUCGACUGGUCGACGAUGCGCAUCCAAAGCAUCGCGCACGGUAACCAAGAGCAACCGCCCGUGUCAGAAGUGGAACUUCACUCUGCCGCAUACUCCAUCGCCUCACAUUAACGAGUACUCGCUUACGGACAGCCGCUGCCGCAAUCCCGGUGGCAUGGCAGAUUUCACCUGGUGCUACACCAGUGAUCCGGCUAUGAGGUGGGAGCGGUGCGGGGAUGACGAUGACCUUUGCGACGAGGAAGUGGAAGCGUCGGCUCGCGUCACAUCAUCCACUGGCAUGCAAGCUGCACUGGGUACCAUCAGCGCACUGAUCGUCCUCACCGUUGCUACUGUGGUAGCGUUUGUGGUGUAUCGGCGCCGACGCAGCUACGCAAGAAACCCAAAGCUGUCGACGGGCGAUUUCCACCCGCGGUCUGGCCGCGCCCUGGAGGUUGAAGACUCUCCUCCCAACGGUCGCAAGCCAUCGCAGCGUGUCGGUCCUGGCCUGAAGGGCUACGACCCGCCAUUGCUAGUAGUGCGAGACAACCCCGAAUACUGGCUAACUUCACCAGACCUGUACGGCAUGACAACACUACAACACGACAAGCUGGAAUUCAGUGCUCAGAUAGCAGAGGGGCACUUCGGCAAGGUGUGGUCUGGACUGGCUAAAGACCUUGUACCCGGCGAGGAUAAAUCCAUUGUCGCCAUAAAGACAUUGAAGACGGACUGCAACGAGCAAACCGAGCGUGGGUUCAUCCGCGAAGCGCAGGUCAUCAGCCGCUUCAAGCACGUCAACAUCAUCAAGCUGCUCGGUGUGUGUGUGCCCGAUGGCAGCUCUGGGCAGCCACUGUGCCUGCUUUUCGAGUACAUGGAGUACGGGGACUUGCUGCACUUCCUGAGAGAGGCACAACGCCAUCGCAGACCCACCAUCGACAUGAAAGGGAGGAAUCUCUCCGUCGAGUCGGCUGACUCUAUUCACAAGGACCGCGCCUUGAUCACGUCGACUUCGACGGAGGUGAGUGUAUUCGAUAAGCCCCUGACGACGCUAGACCUUUGCGGCAUGGCAGCUCAGGUGGCACAUGGCAUGCAGUAUUUGUCAUCACGCCGAUACGUGCACAGAGAUUUGGCGGCACGUAACUGCCUGGUCGGACGCAAUCAUGUGGUGAAGAUCGCCGACUUUGGAAUGUCGCGCGGCCUGAUUCAUCGAGACUACUACCGUCCCCAGGGCAACCUUGCCGCAAUGCCAGUGCGUUGGAUGCCGCCGGAGGUUAUCAUGUACGGCAAGCACACGACGGAGUCCGAUAUCUGGUCGUUUGGCGUUCUCCUGUGGGAGAUCUUCACUCACGGUGCAGUGCCGUACUACGACCUGUCCAACGAGGAGGUCGUCAAGCGUGUGGUGGAGCAGAACAAGCGCCUGCCGCAGCCGCACGAGUGUCCCCCGGUCAUCUACGGCCUGAUGCAGGAGUGCUGGUUCGACCUGGCAGAGGAGAGGCCGCCGUUCAGGCGACUCUGGAAAGCGUUGCACACCUGGAGGCCGCCGUUCGGGGUGGGAACGUCGGACUACGCCAGUGGCGGUACGGACAGUGACUUGGAGAACAUCAGCACUCCGUCGGAUGAUGUGUUUGACGACACACUGCAGCCCACUAUGGUCAUAUCACCGCAUGGCUCACGUGUGCAGAAGAUUGAGCCAGGCCGAGGAAGUCUGACCAGCCCGCUACUCUCGCAGGGCCAGUGUUUAGGUGGCGGCAGCGACUCCUCGCCCAGCCCACCGGCCAUCAGCAGUGCGGAAACCCCACCGCAACUUACACCUCCACUGCCCUACAUACCCCAGUCAAACAGUCAACAGCCACUCGAAGAGCCGUCACCCGAACACAACGCCAUCAGCGCGUAACAAUGACGCAGCACCCACCACACACAUACAAAUUCUAUAACAGUUCAGCAUUUCCUAUUGAGAAUUUAAAGUUGAGUCAUCACAAAGCCGAACUUGCAAUGGAUAAUGCACUAAAAUACAACAAUGGCAACACUGACGAUCAUGAAUCGCGCGUCAUCCGUCAAACAUUAGAAUGGACAUCAAUACUCAAGUCGAACCGUACUGAUCACUACGCCAUCAGUUGUGUAGUAGUGGACUCUAGAUGCACUUAUGCAUAAGCUUAUUUCCAGCAGGCGUAGUAUUUGAAUAGUUUAUGUAUAGUACUGCUACUGGUAUUAAUUCUAGCCCUAGCGUUGAGAUGCCGAAUAGAAACUAGUACAUUGACUCAUACUGCUCACCCCUCACCAUAGCAAGCAAGCAUGCUAAUCGCUCGCCUUGAGACGCUAUUCCCACCUCGUCAAAUCGUCCCGUUGUGAAUUCACCGGGGGGCCGCAGCUACCUUGGUUCUUCCCGGUAACUACUUUCGGGAAUCAUGCCGACUACUUUCAAACACACCUGUCUAGGACAUGCCAAUUUAGCUCAGUCAAAUAAUUGUUGUCUCGCGGUAAAUCCGUAAUGAACUCUAGCCAGCACAUAGACCUUAGCAAGAGCAUAUGACUGUCACUAACGUAGACUACUCAUAGCGAAGCCUUUACACACUGCUGCUGCUGUUCACGCAUAACCUUUAGUUGAGCACAUUGACCCACAUUGCAUUUUUCUUAUAAUUUCCUUCCAAUUGCGAAUUUUGAUUGAAUUUCUGCCCCACUAUGUCAGUCCUGCUGCAAAGAUAAAUUAAAUGUUGUCAAGCGCUAUGUCACAGUAUGUGCCACCGAACUCUA